AUUUGUGUCUCACACAGCUCUGACAUUGUUGGCGUGUUUAAAGCCUCAGACGCCAACACACACAGCAGGGUUGCACAAGCUCUUAGAACUUUCAGUCUGGAUAAGGUUUUGGAGAUAAAUAUGUUGUUCAGAGGUAUUGCAUUGUUUCUGUGCUUCAUAUGUCCUGCAUACUGCCUGCUUGAGCAGACCACACAGACAAAGAACGAAACAAAAGAUGUCCUGCUGGCACCAGAAGCUGUUCACAGCGCUGCAAUUGAAGAGCUAAGAAAAAAGAUCGAUGAGAUUGUGAAGGAUCUGAAUGCCCUGAAAGAAGUCCAUGCUCUGCAAUUAGUUUGCCUGAAAGGCAUCAAGGUUCCAGGCAAGUGUUUCCUGGCCAGCUCUGUAAAGAAGAACUUCUAUGCUGCUACCGAUGAUUGCAUCUUAAAGGGUGGCACUCUGAGCACUCCUGUUACAGGCAAUGAAAACUACCAGCUCUAUGUUUAUGUGCAUGAAACAAUUGGACCCAGCGAACAAAUCUGGCUGGGCAUCAAUGACAUGGUGAAAGAGGGGGAGUGGGUUGAUAAAACUGGGUCCAGGAUACGUUUUCAAAACUGGGAGACAGAGGUCACUCGUCAGCCUGUUGGAGGCCCCAACCAGAAUUGCGCCUUUAUGUCUGUCAUAGACAGCGGGAAGUGGUUCGAUGAGAACUGUCGUGCAGUGAAGGCUUUUGUCUGCGAGUUCAAUAUUGUCUGAGUUCCUGUUGCUCCUCAUUAUCCGCUCAUCAGAAAUUAUGCAUCUUAAAUACAGAUAACUUUGUAUAUCACAUGUGUAUUCAAAGCUCCUAAGGUGAAAACCUGACAAGUAAGAAACAAGAAUUACAGACCAACAGCAGCAAUGAGGAUGCCUCCUUUAACAAGCCAGUCAUUCUUGCUUCUAAUUUGUAUGCCAUAAACACUUAUAAAAUAUACUUCAAACAGGAAAAUGACUAUUGAUGAGAGACCAUUUCAGACAGUUGACCUUGCUUGGAUCAGAUCUAAAAUCUAAUCAGUUCUUCUGCUGCCUUAAACUUCAGUCUAGUGGAACUGAGAUAACGAAAAAGAUGGACAGAAGCAAAGACAACUGGAUGGACAGAUAACCCAAAAUAUACUGCCUCCUCCAGUUGAUUUUAGAGGUGUAAACAAGUUGAGUUGAAAAACAGCAUGAUUUAUGUGUCAAAAGAGAGAACAGAAUCUGGUUUUAAAUAACUGUCAAUUUUGUUUAUUUCCAUAUAGUCCUAAAUUUUGUGACUAUAAAAACAAGUUGUGUAUGCAUACAAUGUUUAUAUUAAAAUGUGUUAGAGAUAAUUAUAUUUAAAAAAGGAGUGCUCCUAUGUGGAGGUUCAUGCAGGAUUUAUAAUGUGUAUACCAAAUACUUCAGCUCUUAUACUCUUAUGCUACAUGAAAUAAUAUUAAUAAAAGGUUUUUAUUUUGGAA